UGGCCAGUCGCCCGGCACAGCGCGAUCGGAACAUAUUACAUGGAUAUUCGCGUUUAACACUCACUAUCAAAUAAUUUCUACAAUUAAACGUAGAAAAUGGGGGAGCUAAACGAAUGUGUGGUGUGCUCAUCACCCGCGGAGCAGAAGUGCUCGGGGUGUCAGAGUGUCCACUACUGCUCGCGGGAGCAUCAGAAGCAGGACUGGAGACAGCAUAAGAAUCACUGCACUCCUGCCAGGGUUAAAGAGGAUUCCAAGUUCGGAAGGUAUCUAGAAGCCACGAGAGAUAUCAAAGCUGGAGAUGUUAUUCUGAAAGAAGCGCCGCUCAUAACUGGACCUGCCCAAGUUACUCCACCGGUAUGCCUGGGAUGCUAUAAGUUGCUAGAAGCUGGGAAGACGGUGUCCUGUAUUGAAUGCGGCUGGCCAUUCUGCUCGGAGCCUUGCACCAGGAAUGAAGUUCAUAAACCGGAGUGUCAUUAUACUAAGAACAGGGGCGAAAAGGUGACUAUCUCGACAUUCGGUAUUCCACAUCCUAAUUACCAAUGUAUCACGGUCCUUCGCUGCUUGUACCAAAGAGACUAUAAUGAAAAGUUAUGGACAAAACUGCAAAGCCUGGAGUCGCACUGCGCGGACCGUAAGGGCACCGACAAGUGGAACAAUGACAAGAAGAUGAUCGCAGACUUUAUUGUUAACUUCUUCAAACUAGGCAGAACCUUCGCCGAAGAAGAGAUUAUGAAGUGCUGCGGCAUUAUACAGAUCAACGGUCACGAGGUGCCACUACUGGAGCCUGAAUACGUGGCAGUGUUCGAGCGUGUCUCUAUGGCCGAGCACAGUUGCUGCGCUAACUGCAACAAGAGCUUCACUUCCGCGGGAGAUAUUAUUUUAUGCGCGGGUGUGGACAUACCCGCCGGCGGGCAUAUCUCAGUGUGCUACACGGAUCCUCUGUGGGGCACGGAGGCGCGCCGGCACCAUCUUGCCGAUUCCAAGUUCUUUGAAUGCACUUGUCCGCGUUGCACCGACGUCACCGAGUUCGGUACAAUGUACAGCGCCGUCAAGUGCAAAAAGAAGGAUUGCAAAGAUUACCUCUUGCCUGACACUUUCGUCGUUCCGAUACUGCACAAGACUACGUCCCCGGAUCCGGCGAAGCGCGGUCUGGACGAUAAGCUGUGGAAGUGCGGAAGCUGCAAGGACGCCGUCAGUGACGCCAUCAUACAGCAACUGCUUCAGGACAUCGGCCGCGAGCUCAGCGUCAUGCCUAAGGGAGACGUCGACGCCUGCGAGAGGUUCGUAAGCCAUUGCGCCAGCUACUUGCACCCGGCGCACUACUACAUGACGGAUGUGAGCCUGGCGCUGGCGCAACUAGUCGGCCAGCAGCACGCACUCGGCCUCGCCGCCGUCACUGACGACCGUUUACUGCUAAAGACGCAGCUCUGUAGGAAGUUAGCUGACUUGCUUGAGACUCUGGCACCCGCUGAGACGCGUCUGCGAGGCACACUACUGUUCGAACUACACGCGGCAGUGGCAGAGACCGGCAGGAGGAAGUCCGCAACCGACGGCCCGCACGUCAUGCUUGGAUACAUCACUGAGUCGCGUAAGAUCCUGGAGCAGUCUACCUGGCUGCUGCGGCAUGAGCCGAGCGAGCUGCCGGAGGGGCAGGUUUGCCGGCAGGCACGCGCCAACCUGCUGCAGCUGGACGACCUUAUCAUCAAACUCUCCGCCGCGCUUCCCUCGCCCAUUUAAACUUUUUAAAAUAGUAUUUAUUUCAAAAAAAGACUUUUAUUAAAUACAACUGAUUACAUCAUUCGAAAUUUAGUGCUUAUCUUAGAUAAGGUAAUUGAGUAGGACGGAAUAGACUCUCACUGGCAAUUAAAUAAAUACUCGUAAAGGACUAAUAAAAAUUGAAUUUGAAUUUUUACAUUUGUUUACGUAUUUAACUGUAACUAUAAGCUACCGUUGAGUUGAGUACAGAGGUCGUCUAACUUUAGCGGGUAUAAACGAAAAAUAAACCGAAAUAAAGACGUGA